AAUCUCCCGCGUAAUUCUAAUUGUAUACAAAGUAAUUGGUGCAAAACGGUGACAAAAUUACAAACCAGUGAGCUUCACUUCGAUGCGGGAGUAACAUACGAACACAGGAGCAGUUUCCAUUCGAGAUAAACUCGGUUGAUUUACUGAACUAAGCUUGCUCCGAGUGUUCAGUACCAUAGUUUGCAAUCGAAGUUAAUCAACGAAGCUGACACCCAACAGACGGGUAAACUUGAAUUAAACGCAGUCGAGAAGGGAUAAAAAUUUGUGGUUAUGAGGAACAUUUGGCGAAAAAGUGCUAUCGCCUUGAUUGUGAUAACAACAAGUCUAGUCGUUCAUGGAGGAAGAAACCAAGGAAACAGCGAAUUGGAAAGAGAUGCAUCUUGGUUAGAUCUAAACGAAGACUUCAAUGAUCCGCACAUGGACCACCGGAGUUCAAAACAAAGUUCUGCCCGCCAGAAGACGAGUGGAGAUGACAAUUCCGUCGACAAAAGGGAUCGUGCACCUCCGAAAAGUCCUAAAUAUUCAAGUUUGUCAGCGAAGGCAGUACUUGAAAGAGCUGAGUCAGUUUUAGAAGCUAUCAAUGAGAAAGGAUGCCCAACAGCUGAAGAGAACCUUUUCAACGUUACUAUUUAUACCGCUGACUUAAGGUUGGCAGCAACCACGUCUCAAGUGUACAUCAAUAUCUAUGGAAUGGUUUAUGGCGUGGAAGAGAGCACGUCAAAAAUUCAUCUUACUAACCAUAACAUGAAGGAAUUUACAAGAGGACGAGUGGAUUCAUUCCUUCUAAAGACGAAAUUUGUUGGUUUGGUUGAGAGAAUCACGAUUGAGCAUGACAAUACAGGUGUGCUACCAGAUUGGAACUUGGACAAGGUGGUGGUACACGAUUUAAAACUUGGUACGAUCCAGACGUUCAUUUGCUAUUGUGAAUUGGCAGGAUACGAAAAUGAAGUCAGCUUACCACCAAUAUAAAACAACACUCACAGCGGUUUUACCUGUUUGAGUUUCAAGAGAUUGAAGAUUAUAAUCUCCUACAGUUUUCGUUUUGAAAUGAUGUCGCGGUGAUUCUAAAUGAAUAUGACGGAUCGAAAGCUUCUCUUGUUUGUUCUGUUUUAAUUUCUUUCAUUUACCUCUUAUUGACCUCGUUUUCUAAGGAACGAGCUUUUUCUGCUAGUGAGGAUUUCAAGGCGCGAGUGCGUAGCGUGCGGGCCUUAAAACAAGGUUCUGUGACUUACUGUAUGGGCCGUGAAGACGAGGUUAGUAAGACAGUUAUCAAAUCUUCAAUUAAAAACGGAAGUUUUCAAUAGAAACAAUCUUUUGAAUUAAGUGGGCCUUGCAGUGAAAUACGGCCCGCUAAAUUGACCAAUCAUGGCGCACGUACUUCCUGAGGGAAAAAAACGGUGCUUAAUUACGGGGAUUCUAACCCUACAGUCAAAAUCACUGAACAACUUUAAGCCAGCUCCUCUUCUCGAAUACGUCUUUG